ACUUUUCUUUUAGGGUUUAUUGAUUGAUAGCUCUGUUUCCUAUUGCAUUCCCCGGUUAGUUUCAUUUAUCAUUUUGCCAUUUAUUCGAUCCUUCUCUUUUCUUCAACUGAGAUAUUAGAUGGGUUAAGCAGAAAACAGACGAAUCGUUGCGAGUAAUUUAACUGAAUAGAGUUCUGACUUAAUGAGACAAAGGAAUAAGCUUUGCGUGUAUACUAGUUUGUAUCUGUAACUGGAACUCUCCACUUGACGGCUUGAGCUUGGUUUGAAACAAUACUCUUCAUAACCUGUCUCUUCCUCGAUUGAAGAUUCACUAAAGCACUUGUAUAAUUUGUUUAAAUUGCCUUACCAAUUUUGAUUCUUGACACAGCCAUGGAGUUAGAAAGCUUCAGGGUAGUUCUUACCCCCACAGUAUUCUAUAUUCCCGGUUUCGUAACUGAUGAAGAGCAAACUCAGCUCCUGAAUCAUAUAUAUGGAGCAUCUGGUUCCAAGUGGAAGACUUUAAAGAACAGAAGAUUACAGAACUGGGGUGGUAUGGUCCAUGAAAAGGGUCUUGUUCCACAAGAGUUGCCUUCUUGGCUGACAAAGAUUACAGCAAAAAUUCGUGAAAGCUCGGGUCUUUUCCCUUCUGCUAUCAAUCAUGUCCUCAUCAAUGAAUAUCAUCCUGACCAAGGGAUAAUGCCACACCAAGAUGGACCCGCUUAUUUUCCUGUUGUAGCUAUACUGUCUCUAGGCUCACCUGUAGUCAUGGACUUCACUCCGCAUUUAAGAUUAAGAUCAGGCAAUGAUGACAUUUCCAGAGAUCAAAGUCCCGGUGCAGAGAGUUGUGUGUCUGAGAGAGAUAAUCAACACUCAUUUUCUGUUUUGAUGAUGCCUAGAAGCUUACUGAUCUUCAAAGAUGAAACAUACUCAGAUUUCCUCCACGGCAUUAGCGAUAGUCCAACACAAUGCUACAAGCAGGUCGUUAACGAAGCUGAAGCAUUGGCUUACUCUGAGAAUUCUAGUGAAGAGUCCAGGAAAAGCGGUGACAAGAUUCUUCACAGAGACCAAACUCGAGUUUCACUUACUUGCCGUUUAGUGCCCAAAGUCCAUAAGAAUCUCUUCAGGUUGUAGAGACAACUUUGAUAACGAAACAACUUGUAGUUUCCCUACUGAAAUUAGUUUGUCUUGCCGUUUCUGACUGUGUAUAAAAAAGGCACGAUUUGUGA